AUGACAGAUUUACGAUGGUUGAGGAACUUUCAAGAUAAUACGGGAUGCGUGGAUCUUCGUUUCAUUGGUAACAAAUUCACAUGGCAAAAUAAGAGAUUUUCUGGUGGUUUAAUUAUGGAAAGGUUGGAUAGAGUUCUCUGUUCGGGAGAUUGGAUGAAUAAUUAUGAUUACUCUGGGGUUCUUAACCUGCCUAUCACUAUUUCGGACCAUGCUCCUAUCAUACUGGAUACUCACUUGUUUGCUUCCAAAGGUUUCAUUCCCUUCCGAUUUUAUGAAGCUUGGACCUGGGAAAGUUCGUGUAGGGAAGAAAUUGCAAGGGCUUGGUGCUGCCUAAGCACUGAAGCCACAACAGCUCUAGUUCGAAAUGUCAGUAAUACGAGGAAAGCGCUCCAAGGGUGGAAGAAAAAGCUUCAAGGAGUAACAGACACAGACAUCAAAGCAAUGGAAAAAAGGUUAGAUUGGAUCCAACAACAGCCCAUCUCGGCUGACCUGAAAAGAGAAGAAGCUCUCAUUCAAGAUCAAUUGAUAAUCUCGUGGUCGAAGCAAGAAAGCAUGUGGAGACAACGGUCAAGAGAAACUUGGCUAGCUUUGGGAGAUCGGAAUACAAAAUUUUUCCAUACUGCGACUAACAUCAGAAGAAGAAGGAAUAGCAUUUGGGCCAUCAAAGAUAAAGAGGGAAGAAUUUGGAAGGACAAGAAGAAUAUUGGCAGGGUCAUAAAUGCUCAUUUCACAGAACUGUAUACUUCUAUGAGACCGGUAUUCGAUGAUAAGUUGGAAAAUCUAGAGGUGAAGAGCAUAUCCCACUCAGAUAAUGAGGAAAUGUCAAGAACUCCUAGUGUCGAGGAGAUUAAAAGUGCAGUCUUCAGCCUUCACCCUCUCAAAGCCCCGGGUCCGGAUGGAUUUCCGGGAUGUUUUUUCAGGAAAUUUUGGGACAUUGUCGGCCCAUGUCUUUGCUCCUUGGUUCAAGAAGCCUUCGAAACAGGGGUGAUUGAUCCAAGAAUCAAUAAUACCUUUGUGUGUCUUAUUCCAAAAGUUGAAUUUGCGUUGGGAGUUGAUCAAUAUCGCCCAAUUAGCUUAUGCAACUUUUCUUAUAAGGUAAUUGCAAAGAUUCUUUCAAAUAGGCUGAGACCUUUCAUGGAGGAGUUGGUAUCCCCGUUCCAAUCGGCUUUCAUUCCAGGUAGAUGGAUUGCCGAGUCCUCAAUCCUUACCCAAGAGCUAGUCCAUAAAAUUAAAUCAAAAAGGGGUAGGGGAGGUCUUAUGGCAAUAAAGCUGGAUAUGCACAAAGCAUAUGACAAGAUGGAAUGGAGCUUCAUCGAAAAAAAGUUGUAUCCUCAACGAGGGUUGAGACAAGGGGAUCCGAUUUCACCGUUCCUGUUUCUCCUUUGUCAAGACGUGCUAUCUAAAGUUAUUUCUCAGGCGGAAGAGGAAGGUUGCAUACAUGGAAUUAAGAUUGCUCAGUCUUGCCCCUCGGUUUCUCAUCUAAUGUUUGCAGACGAUACUAUCCUUUUCGCUCGAGCAAAUGAAGCAAAUGCAAGGAACCUUCUCAAGUACCUAUCCGAUUAUGAGAGUUGGUCGGGACAGACAUGUAGCAAACCAAAGUCUGGGAUUCUGUUCUCAAAGAAUACCAAUGCUGGCUUGAAAAACAAUAUCCUCAACAUCCUUAAUAUUAAUCAAGUCAGUGGAGAAGAGAAACAUUUGGGAAAUCCAUUCAUUUUCAAAAGGAAAAAAGUAGAAGAUUACAAUAGGCUUAAGGAUAGCAUGAGGUCAAAGCUGGAGGGUUGGAAGAUGAAAUCGCUAUCCUAUGCUGGGAGGUUAAGUCUCAUCAAGUCAGUUGCGGCCUCGAUCCCGAUCUAUGCCAUGUCCACUCAGAAGGUUCCUAUAUCCACUUGUCGAGGCUUAGAUUCAUUAAUGAGGAAGUAUUGGUGGAAAGGAAGUGUAGAAAAGGAUAGAUAUAUGGCGUAUAGAGCCUGGGAUAAGAUAUGUACUCCAAAGUCAAUGGGGGGGCUGGGGUUGAGAAGGUGUGAAGAUAUGAACAGGGCGCUCAUGACAAAAUUGGCUUGGUGUCUUGGAAGCAAGAUGGAGAGACCGUGGGUUACAUGUUUAUUGGAAAAGUAUUGCAAGCAUGACAGUUUCUGGUGUGUAAACCAGAAAUCCAAUGACUCCCCUCUAUGGAAAAGUGUUUUAGGCUCAAGGGAAGUGCUGCUCCAAGGUUCGAUGGCAACUGCUGCUUCGGGAGAAUCAAUUAACUUCUGGAAGCAACCAUGGAUACCCUGGAUGGAAUACAGAGAGUUUCACGACCUGAUGCAGCUGCUAGGAGAAAGAAGGUACACAAUUAAAACUAUAGCAGAUGUUUCUUUGGGAAAUAGGUGGAAUGAAGAGAUGAUUAUCCAGAUAUUCGGUCAUGAAUUGGGGGAACAGAUUCUUAAAAUACCGAGAAUUCCAAGCCCUUCUUCUGACCAAAUUUUCUGGAAGGAAAAUCGCAAUGGUAAAUUCUCUAUUAAGUCGGCGUAUGUUGUGGAUCAAAAAUGGCGGUUUGAACCUGUCCAAAGAAUUUGGAAAUGGAUUUGGGAUGGGAGGAUACAUCCAAGGAUCUCGAUUUUCCUUUGGCGUAUCUUAAAUGAAGCAAUCUCAACCAAGAACAAGUUGCCUUUUGUCCCAAUCAAAGAUUGCAGCUUAUGUGGAAAGGAUGGAGAAUCGUCUCUUCACCUAUUUCGAAGUUGCAGCUUCACUAAGGCUAUGUGGAUGGGAAGUCAGUAUCCACUGCGGAUCGAUAACAUUCCAGGGGAUUCAAUGGUAAUUUUUCUGAAAAAUUUAAUAUCAGUCAUCCCUGAUUCCCGUAGGAUUGAAUUUGUUUUCUUCUUCGGUUGCUUGUGCAAUGAGAUAUGGAAUGAGAGGAAUGCUUCCUGCAUUCGUAAUGCCACAGGUAAUCCCACUCAAGCUCUUUGGAAUGUUGGAAAGGCCUUAACUGAUUUUAAAGUGUUGGAAGUGGAUUCAGCUAAGGACUCUCUGGUCUCCACUCCUAGCCUUGAGACUACGGAUUAUCCUGAUGCUCCCACUUAUAUCUGUCAUGAGCAAGUCGAUUAUGUUAUAUUCACCGAUGCUUCAUGGGACAAGGGAGAGACUGGUAUUGCAGCAAUCAUCAUCAACAUGACAGAGGGGAAUUGGCUUGUGAAGGCUAAGAAAACUACUGCCUCAUGUUCCUUGGAAGCAGAAUUUAAAGCCAUAAAAAUGGCUCUGCAGUGGGCAUUUGCAGAAAAGAAGAUGAAAGUCCUCAUUCUCUCAGAUUCUAAGAUUGCUGUGAAUUCUCUUUCGGCAAACGAGGGAUGUCCUGAUUGGAAGUGUGCAAGUCUGUUUUUUUCAGUUAUUAAUCUAUCUAGGAAGCUGUUAGUUAGCAAGUUUAUUUUUAUAAACCGUAGUUUAAAUGUUGUUGCUGAUGGUGUUUCAAAGAAUGCUAGAUUGUCUAGUUUUCUUGAUGUUUUGUAUCAAGGGGAGGGAAUGCCCCCUGUAGUUCCCAUCACUUUUUUUUUUUAA